UUACUCUCUAUAUAAACAUCUUCUUUCCAUACAUACUUCGCCAGGUUUCUCCAAAACCCUAGAAAUCUCCGGCCAUGGCGCCGUCAUCGCCAUCCUCCUCCUCCUCCUCCUCUAGCGAUUGCGAUGAGUCUCUUGCCGAUGAUCUCAAUGACCUACGCCAAGCCCUCACCCUCACCGGUGCCGACGCCAACGCUUUCUCCGGUGCACCCUUGGUUUCCGAUUCCGACUCUGAUUCGGCUGAUGAGGAUAUCGAUCUCCUCCGUAAUCUCCAGUCUCGCUUCUCAUCCGCCCCCGCUGGGGAUUCUUCUUCCCCUUUGAGCGACACUCUGGACUCGGAGGACGAGUCCGAUGAGGAUCUUGCUACCCUGCGCGCCAUCCAGCGCCGGUUCUCCCAGUACGAGGCUUCUCAAGACCGGGAGGAAGGCAAGGAGGCUUCUUGGGAUUCCCCCAGGUUGGAUCUUCACUCUCGGUUUCCCAAGUCUUGUGAGUGUUUCGUGGAGGCGUUGAAGAAGAAUCGGGCGUGCCAGAGGUUUAUUAGGGAGAAGCUGAUCGAGAUUGAGGCCAAGAUUGAGGAAAAUAAGAACUUGAAAGAGAGGGUUAAGUGUUUGAUGGAGUUUCAGAUGGAUUUGAGGAGGAAGACCGGGCACAUUUUUGGGCAGCAGAAGGAUGCUCGUGCCAGGUUGGUCUCCAUGAGGAUGACCGCUUCGAUGUCAAAGAAGAAAAAUAGUAGAAAGAUUCCUGUCCUUUGCCUUGGACCACCUGAAAACUCCAGUGUUUCUGAUUAUAAGCUGAUACUAAGGAGAUUUCCGUUCUCUACCAAUAGACAAGCAUGGUCAAACGAAGAGAGGGAAAAACUUGCAAAGGGAAUAAGGCAACAAUAUCAAGAGCUGAUGGUUUUGAGUUCAAUGUCCUUGGACAGUGACUUUGAUGGCUCUGCAUACUCAAAGUUAAUGUUUGCAUUGUCAAGUAAAAAUCUUGAAGUCACACCUGAAAAAAUUAGAUCUUUUCUACCUUCAGUAAUUUGGGAUCGGUUGGCUUCUAUGUAUCUCACAGGUCGUUCUGGUGCAGAAUGUGAAGCUAGAUGGUUGAAUCAUGAAGAUCCAUUGAUCAAUCACAAUCCUUGGACAAUAUUGGAAGACAAGAAGCUUUUAUUCAUUGUGCAAGAAAGAGGGCUUUACAAUUGGAUUGACAUUGCGAUAACAUUGGGAACACAUAGAACACCUUUCCAGUGCUUGGCACGCUACCAGCGAAGUCUUAACCCGCAUAUAUUGAAAAAGGAUUGGACUGAAGAAGAAGAUGCUAUGCUUCGUGCGGCUGUAGAAAAUCUUGGUGACAACAAUUGGCAAAUGGUAUCUUCUAGUUUGGAAGGCCGUACAGGUCCUCAAUGUUCAAACAGGUGGAGAAAAUCAAUUCUUCCAGACCGAAGGGUGGGAAGGUGGUCUAUAGAUGAAGACAAGCGGUUGAAGGUAGCAGUAAUGCUUUUUGGGGCCAAAAACUGGAAUAAAAUAGCUCGUUUUGCCCCUGGACGGACACAAGUUCAAUGCAGGGAAAGAUGGCUCAAUUGUUUGGAUCCAUCCCUUAACCUGGAAGCUUGGAUUGCAGAAGAGGAUACCAAGUUGUUGGAUGCAAUAAAUACGUAUGGAUAUUGUUGGUCCAAGGUUGCAACUUGUGUGCCUCCGCGUACUGACAGUCAGUGCAGGAGGAGAUGGAAGAUUUUGCUACCACAUGAAGUGCCAUUACUACAAGCAGCUCGUCAAAUUAAGCGGACUGCCCUUGUAUCCAAUUUUGUUGAUCGUGAAAGUGAGCGACCUUCAAUUGGGCCUAACGAUUUCUGUCCAAGUGCAAAUCCACCUAUAGCUGAAAAAGAGAAGAGUGGAAGAACCAGGAUGAAAAGACCAAGAGAGAAAACAAAGUCAAAGAAGCAACUUGAGGCUAAUCGCAAUAAUUUGUCCAAAAAGCGAAGACCAAAAUCCAGAGAACCUGAUCAAAAUGUAAUAGCAGAUGGUACGAUAAAUUCUUCUGAGGACAAUGCCCUUGCCAUCUUACCUCUUAUUCCUCUUUCAAAAGCUUUAAAUACAGAUGAAAUGAGGGACAUCAAAAGGCCAAGGAAUAAAGCACCAAGUGAUGGUUUGCCCAAGAAAUUAAGAGCGAAAUCUGGAUCCCAUCAUGAAAAUUUUGUUGCAGUUGAUAAUAUUGCUGACAAUGUUCUGACUGACUUCUCUCAUGUGCAUGUCAAAGAUCCAAACACGGCAGAAAGUAGGCUCAGCGGGAUAACAAGGAAAAAGUCAUCAAGGGAUACCCAACCUAAGAAAGCUAGGACUAAACCAGAAAGAUCAUUGGUUGGGGGUUCAUCAGCAGGUGAUGCAAUAAUAUCUUCUGAAACUGUUGCUGCCGACCCAUCUGCAGUUUUUAGAGUCACUUCUAAUGGUGCUGCAUCUUGUGCCCACAAAAGAAGAAGGAAAACUGUCUCUCGGCCCCAGGAUGGAUCAAGAGCCAAGGUAUUUUAAACUGCAUCUUGGUAAUUUUGGAACUUAUUUUCUAUUAUCGCCUAUAUGAUCAUCGUUAUUCUUUGAAUCUUUUGUUUUCGUCCCACAUGGUUAUUUAUAAUAAGAACAUAUCUUCCAUCUUGAUUUGGAAAAUUUCUGUUUCUUGCAAUUCUUAAUUUCUUUAUUUUGCAGUGAUGUUGCAUACAGAUGUCCUCAAAAAAUUCAAUUUUGAAAAUAUUGUUGGAUGACAACGAACUACUUGUUAGUAGGAUGAAUUGUUCAGAGGGAGAAACAUUUGCUUUGUGAUAUUUCACAUGCAGCAAUACUAAAUUAGAAACCGAUGCUGCAAGAAGAUGAGCAAGAAAUGAAUUUUUUCAGUGUGGCAGAAGCAGACAGGUUUUAAGCAUGUGAAGUUAUACUUGGAUUAUAUUUACUUUUGCUUCUUUUUGAGUGAUUUUACUGGAUAGAUUUAUUAUAUGGAGACUUGUCAAAAAAAAAAAGAAGAUUUCUUCACAAGAAAUAUUAGUAAGUCAUAAGGACAGUAUUGGUUCUUUUGCGAGGAUA